GAAAAUGUGGCAAACAGUGGCUUUUGUAGCGCUCUGUUAUUGCGGCGAAGGGCGAAGACAGCCUCUCAGAGUUCACAAAGGAAUGACAGACGUCCAUAACGAAUUCUCGUUUGCGGUCCACAUGCAGACCGAUCAAGGGCAAAGAUCGUGCACAGGCAGCCUUAUCGCUCUCAACUGGGUCCUCACUGCUGCCCAUUGCAUAAAUGACGAACAAUUUGUUAUAAGAUAUGCAAAUUUCACCAUAAGAAAAGGAAGAGUCAGAGUUGCAAAAGUGCUUAAAAUAAUAGUUCAUCCAGCAUUCGCUUUUACAGAAGACUUCCAUCAUCUAUAUAACGAUAUUGCUCUUAUCAAAACUACAUUUAUAUACAAUAAGACUAUUGGUAGAUUGUCAGCUAUCGAUUACAAGGCCCUUACUGGUCUCCCGGUUAAAUAUGCUGGUUUUGGUGCGACAUCAAAAGCUUCGUACGAGUACGUGAUAGAAGAUCAGUAUAUGCCUUUGCAAGUGGGUGAGGCAGUAGUGGUGAUACGUCCUUAUAACGACUUACAAGGUCCAUGUUUAGUUAUUGCACCUAAAUGCUCAAAUCGAGAGCAAGGUAUCCGCGGAGGAGAUUCAGGAGGCCCGUUAAUAUAUGAUGGUAGUAUAGUGGGGGUGGCAAUGUCGUCAACAAUUCACGAUAAUAUUGCGCACUAUGCAGCCGUCAGCACAUACUUACAGUGGAUUCAUAAUACAAUGAAAACUUAUGGUUAAGAACAAGCUAUUGAAGAGGGUAUUGUUUCUGGUUUCGAUUUAAGAAUUUCGUCAGUCAGAAUAUCCUUAAAGUGAUAGAGUAUGUUUGCAAG